AUGCCAUCCUUCUCCGAUUACGCCUUGUCCAAGGUAAGGUCACCCACUCCGCUCGAGCUGCUCGAGCUGCUCGAGUUGCGCUCGCUGGAGUUGCUGAUGGCGCGCCUUUGCCGACGCUUUGCUUCCCCACAUCAUCGUUCACCGGUCAUCGUCGAUCUUCGCCCACGUCACACGUCGCACGCGUCCAUCUGCAUCACCACGUCAUAACAGGUCAAGGAUCAUUCCCUUCUGCAAGAUCAGGCCCACAUUGAUGGGGAAUGGGUCUCCCACGCCAGCACCUUCGAAGUCACGGGUACGUUGCACCACACCGCACCGUCCUCCGAUCGGUCUGUACUUGGCCUCUAAUCUCUUCUUGAUGUCCUACAGACCCCGCGACGGGCGACGUCUUGGGAUCAGUUCCUGAGCAAGGUGUGCAGGAAACCAAGCAGGCCAUCCAAGCCGCUCAAGAGGCGUUCAAGUCGUGGAAAAAGACCACCGCCAAAGUGAGCACAACCGCGAAUUGUCGCAGAAAAUUUUCUCCUCUUCUCAUUUCCGAGGCCUCGAAGGGUCACGUUUGGUAUUUGGCGAAUCGAGUCGGAUUACAAUCUGGGCUUCUGACCCCCGCACUUGCUUUGAUUAGACUCGCCAUGAUUUGAUGCUCAAGCUCUUCAAGCUUUUCAACGAGAACCUCGACGAUCUCGGCGCCAUCAUCGCUUUGGAGAAUGGCAAGGCUCUGGCUGAGGCAAAGGUAACUGUUUAUUGAACAUUGACCUGUCAUUCUCGAGAUGACAGAAGUAACCGAACGUGGCCUCAAUGUGAUCCAGGGCGAGGUGACGUACUCGGCUUCAUUCCUCGAAUGGUUUGCCGAGGAGGCGAUCCGAUCCAAUGGGGACAUCAUCCCUGCCUCCACAGCCGGGACUCGGCAGCUCGUCUUCAAGCAGCCCGUGGGUGUGGUCGGAUUGAUCACACCUUGGAAGUGCGUUCAAGUCAAUUCUGCCGAGCUGAACUCCCAAUUCCGCCUUAUCGGCUCACACCUUCCUUUGCUCUUUCACCGGCAGCUUUCCCUCGGCGAUGAUCACCCGUAAAGUCGCCCCUGCUCUCGCGGCGGGAUGCACCGUCGUCAUCAAAGCGCCCCCCGAAACACCCUUCUCGACCCUCGCUUUCGUUGAGCUGGCCAAACGAGCCGGCUUCCCCGAUGGCGUCAUCAACGUCGUCACGACCAAGGCCAACACCAAGGACGUUGGCUUGGAGUUGACGACCAACCCCAUCGUCAGGAAGAUCUCGUUCACGGGAAGCGUGAGUGCAUUCACAUUCUGGAUGAAUCAAACCCAAUUCUAAGUUUCCAAAUUGAAUGGUCACCGCCACAGACACCCGUUGGCAAGUUGUUGAUGCAACAAGCUUCAUCGACGCUCAAGAAAUGCUCCUUCGAACUCGGAGGUCUAGCCCCUUUUGUCGUCUUUGAAGAUGCUGAUAUCGACAAGGCCGUCGCCGCAGCAGUGAUCGCCAAAUUCCGAGGAUCAGGACAAACGUGUGUGUGCACGCAAUAUCAUCUCGUUCAUUCGUCCGUUUACGAUCAGUUCGCCGAAAAGCUCGCUGCCAAAGUCAAGGCUUUCAAAGUCGGCAACGCGUUCGACGAAGGUGUCACCCACGGUCCUUUGAUCCACGAUGCGGCCGUCGAUAAAGUCGAUCGACACGUCCAAGAUGCCGUCAAGAAAGGAGCCAAGGUCCUGGUCGGGGGUAAGAAGGCCGUUGUGAAAGGAGGUGAACGAGGAUCCUUCUACGAACCGACGAUCCUCGUCGACGUCCCCGCGAGCGCCUGCCUGGGAGAGGAAGAGACUUUUGGUCCCCUCGCGGCUUUGUACCGAUUCGACACCGAACAAGAGGCAUUGGACAUGUGCAACUCGGCCGAGGUCGGCUUGGCCGGUUAUUUCUUCACUGAGAACUUGUCCCGUGCUUGGAGAUUCGCCGAGGCGUUGGAGGUUGGGAUGGUCGGAUUGAACACCGGCGUCUUGUCGAGUAGUGUCGUACCGUUUGGUGGAGUGAAGCAGAGUGGGUUGGGAAGGGAGGGAAGCAAGUGAGUCCCGCGUCGUUCGUUUUGAGGCUGGAUGGUAACACCCUUGUGGCGCCUAAGCACUCAUCGGAUUUCUUCUUUUGUACCAGGUACGGUCUCGCGGAUUAUCAGAACAUCAAGUUGCUUGUCAUGGGCGGAUUGGACGCUUGA